AUGGAUUUCCACAACUCGGGCGGCUUUCCAAAGCGGCGUUCUUACCCCAACCUCCAACACAUCUCUCUCGCUCCACUUACACCCCGAUUCCCCAUCGGCGAUGAACCAACCGACUAUUUCAACUACCAUAGAGAAGACUCCCUGCUUGGGGAUGAUACCAUAACCCCAACAAGGUCAUCAUCCUACCUGUCCAGCGUCUCAGUACCCAGCACACCGCCAAUCCUCUCCCAUUCACGCAGCACAUCACGAACCCGCCAUCACUCCCGAAGCAAGAGCUUCAAUCCAGCUAGCGAUCCAAACCUGCACAGCAAAAGCAUCUCCAUUCCACUCCACCAUAGCAACAGCCUAGGACCGAAGAAACGUCCCAGUGCACUAGACAGCAACCAUAACCAUCGCAACCACCCAACCACCAAAUCCGACGCAGAAUGGCUACUUCGCGCCGGAAUCGCUAUCGCCUCCUCCACCCGCGAGGAGAAGGGCCAAAGCUGGCUCUACAAGCGUGAAAGCUCCACCAGCCUUGUAUCGGAGGUGCCAUUCGAUGAUCCCGCCGCUCCACCACAUCACCGACACCACCACCGUACUAAAUCGGGUACCUCGUCGCGGAAGUCGGCCUCCGGCACCUCGACGCCCGGCGCGUAUUCGCGUCGUAGCUCACGUUCGCGGGGUACUAGUCGCCAUGGCAGCCGUGCUGGUCUUACCAUGACCUCCAUCCCACCUCUAUCGUCUGCCCCAUCCGGCACAACGGCAUAUGGGAACAAGACUCAUAGCCCCAGUACGACGGGGGCUGUGACGCCCGAGACUCGGGGGCGGACUGGUGCAGCGGGGAUGGUUCCUGAUUUCGUGGAUGAGAGGAUCCGGGCUGAGAUGGAGUCUUUGCAGGAGGGCGAUCUUGAGCGGGAUCGGGGCCGGGAUUUAUUCGAUCAUGCCGAUUUGGGAGAAGAUCUGUAUGAGGAUGAGAACGAGUUUGAUUCCGAAGAUGAGUUCUCUGAUGAAUCGCAUGAGGAGUUUGAUGAGGCCGACUUGCAGAGUCUCACGCGGCAACGUGGGUUCGGACUUGGGAGCUGGAUCGACCGGUUAGUUGAGUGGACUUUGUUUGGCCUGGAUGAGUUGCCUAUCUCGCCAGGUCCUUCUUCUGCUACUAGAAUUGGUGCUUCUACAACAACAACUACUGUCACUUUUGAGGAACUCGAUACGUCUCUUCAUGGGGAGCAGGACCAGCAGGGGCAUGAUAUGUUGCUAUCGGCACCAGAGGGAGAUCUCCAGUCUUCAACAGAAGACAUUGAUGUUUACUCGCAUACAGAUGGCGAGUCUACUACCGAUAUUGAGAAACCUGGCGAUCACGGCGGCUGGGAAGAUGCAAGCUGGUUGUUCCGAGUCGUAAAGCGUGCAUUGGUAUGA